UUGGGUUGGCUUACAUUCACAGGCGUGUACCGGGGAGCCCGUGCGUGCUCUCUGCGGUGGAGGGUCCCCUGGCUCCCAGAGGAGGUUGCGGAACAGAACCGAGAGUAGAGUUCGAUUCUCGCCGUCCUCAUGGGACCAGCUUCUUAGCCCUGAGUCUCCCUGCCGCCCCGGAGCACUCGGUAUUGAACGCUGCUUUCUCCACCUUUGUGCUCUCAUUCUGGGGCACCUCGAAAUCUUUUACAUUUAGCGCAGGGAUUACCUCUUCCAGGAACAUAUCUGGUUUAUUUCACAACCUUUGUCUUCCUACUGAAAUGGGGAAACUUACUCUACUCUGUGAUGCGAAGACAGAUGGCAGUUUCCUUGUGAACCACUUUCUCUCCUUCUACCUCAAAGCUAAUUGUAAAGUCUGCUUUGUGGCACUCAUCCAGUCCUUCAGUCACUACAAUAUCGUGGGACAGAAGCUGGGUGUCAGCCUGACCACGGCGCGGGAAUGUGGGCAGCUUGUGUUUCUCGAGGGUCUCAAGUCCUCUGUGGAUGUCUUCUUCCAGGCUCAGGAGGAGCCACAUCCCUUGCAGUUUCUCAGGGAGACCAACGCUGGGAACCUGCAACCAUUGUAUGAGUUUGUGCGGGAAGCCCUGAAGCCUGUGGACAAUGGGGGGGCUGCGUGGAGGUGCCCAGUGCUGUUGGUAGAUGACCUCAGUGUGCUGCUGAGCCUGGGCGUGGGGGCGGUGGCCGUGCUGGACUUCAUCCACUACUGCAGAGCCACUGUGUGCUGGGAAUUAAAGGGAAACAUGGUGGCUCUUGUGCAUGACAGUGGAGAUGCCGAGGAUGAGGAGAACGACAUCCUACUGAACGGCCUCAGUCAUCAGAGUCACCUGAUCCUGAGGGCCGAGGGCCUGGCCACUGGCUUCUGCAGGGACGUGCAUGGACAGCUGAGGAUCCUGUGGAGAAGGCCGUCACAGCCCACAGCCCAGCGGGAUCGGAGCCUCACUUACCAGUACAAGAUACAAGACAAGAGCGUGUCCUUUUUUGCCAAAGGAAUGUCUCCUGCUGUUCUGUGACCUGAUUUAGGGGCAGUUGAAGCUACCUUGUACUAUUUUUGGAAGUGGAAGAUAAAGCAACCUAGCAGGAAUGGGUCUUUACACCUUUGCAGUAGUAUUUCAGUCUGGACUAGCAGCUCUGCUGUGACCCAGGGAGGGUUGAAUGGUGUGAUGCUGAUAUGCCUUUGUUCCCCAGGGCCCUGUUCAGAAAACACAAUGAGGAAUCUGUGACCCUCCCUCUGCUGAGAGAGGCUGGAUAUGUACCCUAGCGAAAGUGGUCCUUUGGAGCCUUCUAUGUAAAUACUCUUUAGCCCCAACUGCCCAUUUUUAGUUUUUGAGUCUUUCAGAGCCAGAGUGGGUAUGAAUGAAUGUGCCAGCCAGGAGAUAGUCACAAAUGGCAGGCAUCUAAGGGGACAACUAGGAUAAUCAUGGCUGGAAUAAAGUGAGUUUGCACACUGGGGCUUCCUGGGGGUUGUCUCUUACUUUUGUCAUCUUCCUCCUGCAAAUGUACUUUCCCUCUAAGUCCAGUGAGGAAACAGGCUUAAAGAGGUUCGGAAGCACAGUCAAGGCUGUAGGUGAUGGGGUCUGACUCCAAAGUCCUCACUUGCUGACUGUUGUGGAAACCAGAGGCAGGCUCCCCACCUGAAGGUGUGACCCUUCAGCUUCUCCUGUAUGUUCGAUGCCUUGCCCAUAUGCUGAUGAGUCCUCUCCAUCAAGGGCCUGGCACCAGAGACUUGGUCACAUGAGGCCCUGUGUAUGGCACAGGUGUGUAUGGCCUUGGUGAGAGGGGUAAGCAAUGUUCUUGCCAGGCAGGAUGGGUCCUUGGCAAGGAGCUGGUGCGUCCCUCACUUGUGAAGACUGCAGGAGGUGAACUCUUGUCCCAGCAUCAUCCUCGAACCCUUGACCUUGGUGUUACAAGGCUGCAUUCUAACCAACUGAGCUAUCCAGCUAGCCCCUUGCCUCAGCAUCCUGUAUAUGACAACUGGUCCCACUCAGCCCCUCAGUCAAGGUCACUUCAGAGUGGAUGCCAGGGGUAUUCUCUUAAAAUGGGUGCUUUUUUUUUUUUUUUGUAGAUUAUACUGCAAUGAGUUUUAUCUUAAAAAUAAAUAAAAUGGAAAAAAACCCUAUUUUGCAGUGUACUUAGAAACUUUACUGUUAAUUUUUAAUUUUUUACAUUUUUUAGUCUUUGUAAAAGGGAAACAUUUAUCACCCCUCCCCCAAAUCAUACCAACUAUUGUGGAGAUUAUGCCACUGAAACGGUAGCUGUUUUUAAUCUUAAAAUGUUGCAGACCUGAUAGAAUAUUUGAAAAUUAUGAGUGUAAGAGAAGGUGGUUAUUAAAGAAUCUAAUGAUUCUUCUGUUAAUACUUCCUUAUUUAUAAAAGCUUUAUUUGAGCUACAAUUCUGAAUGGUCAAGGCACCAUUUUUUUUUUUUUUUUUAAAGAUGACGGGCAAGGGGAUCUUAACCCUUAACUUGGUGUUGUCAGCACCACACUCUCCCAAAUGAGCUAACUGGCCAUCCCCAUAUAGGGAUCCAAAUCCGUGGCCUUGGUGUUAUCAGCACAACACUCUCCCAAGUGAGCCAUGGGUUGGCCCCUCAAGGCACCAUUUUUUAUGAUUAUAUGAAUGUUGCUGUCAUGUUUCUUCACGUAGUUUAUAAAUGUUUUCAUUAAACUUUUUAUGUUUAAUGACUAGUCAGUAUUUUAUGGUGUAAUUAUAUUCUAAUUUGCUUAGCUAUUCUCUUGGCAUGUAGAUUCCAGUUUUUACAGUUAUCAAUUAUGUUGUUACAAAUUCUAUAUGCUAUACCUGUUUGGGCAUGGGGACAAGUACUUGUUUCCUUAAAACAGUGACAAAACAGGUCAGUUGUGGAGCUUGUGGGACUGAUAUUCUAGUGGAAAUAUGGUCGACAAAAUUGAGAAGUGAUAUAUGUAGAGUUAGACCAUGAUAAGUGUUACAAAUAAAGCAGGCAAAGGACCUGUGAAAAGCUAGAGGUGAUAAAAUUUUAGAAUCUAUUCCCUAAAGUGGAAUUGCUGAAUUGCAGCAUGAACUAAAUGGUCCUUGCAAAUUAUUGGGUUGCUCUUCAGAGUUAUGGAGCCAGUUAACAGUGAUACAUAGAUUUUCCUUCACCAACUUUGGGUUUAACUCCUUAUUAAUUUCAUAGUGGUGCAAAGUUGUGUGAAAAUGGAAGUUUCUUUAAUGACUAGGAUAUAAUUUUCUCUAUUUUUCCAUGUGUACAGAAUCUCUCAUCCUUGCUUACUUAGCAAUUAAAACCUUGUAACAACCUUAUUUUAUUAAUUCUUUGUAAUAUUUUGAAAGGUAAGAUUUUAUCAGGCUGGCUGGUUAGCUCAGAGCACAGCUUUGUAAUAUCGAGGUCAAGGGUUCGGUUCUCCAUGCACCCUCCCAAAAAGAUUUUAUUAUUGUCUUUAUUUAUGAAUAGUUUUCUACAUUUUGGUUUUUAAACAAUAUUUUGUCUUCAGAAACAUUGGUUUUAUAUUUAAAUAUUCAUAGGUUACACCUGUUUUAUAUAAGGGGCUGUAAAGAUAACAAUUCUAAAGUCAUCUGCAGUCUAGUGGGGGGUAGAGAACAGGAACAUAAAUAAUGUGAUGCAGUGGAGAAUGUGAUGAGGGCCAUACACAUGACUCAAAUAAUUUGAGGCUGAUACAGGAAAAAGCAAUUAUUCCCCCUUUUUUUUUUUUUUUUUUUAAGUUGGGGGAGCAGAAUAUUGGGGAGGAAUUUGUGGAAGCAGUGCUGUUUGAAUAAGACCUUGGCAUGUUCUUAUUUCGUCUUUAACGGUAUCUUAGCUCUUCAUGACUCAGAAAUGUACUUUUCUUCCUUAAUAAAAUA